CGCGCGAGUGUGUGUGAGUGUGUGAAUAUCCGGGUGUGUGCGUGUGUUAGUGUGUUAGUUUCCUAGACAAAAUGGCGGACGGCCAGCGCAUUGAAAAUGCAGCGCUGCUCAGCAACAGAGUCGCCAGCAUCUAAGCGAAUGCUCAAAGAUCGAGCAGGGAACCGCCCCACAGCACACAGAGGGACAGCAGCGCAAGGCGGCGUGAAAGAGGAGGAGAAGGAGGAGGAGCAGACGGCAGGCGGCAGACGGCAGGCAGCCACAUCCAUCCAUCAACCAUCCAGCUGCAGCAGGUGCAGCGUUCAGUUGCCACUUCCAGUCAUCGCGGGGCGGCGACGCGGCAUAGCAAUUAGGCAGGCAGCAAAAUGCCUGGCGGACGACGCGGACUGGUUGCGCCGCAAAACACAUUCCUCGAGAACAUCAUAAGGCGCUCCAAUUCGCAGCCGGAUAGCUCGUUUUUAUUGGCCAACGCACAAAUCGUCGAUUUCCCGAUCGUCUACUGCAAUGAGUCCUUCUGCAAGAUUAGCGGCUACAACCGUGCCGAGGUCAUGCAGAAGUCGUGCAGAUGCGGCUUCAUGUACGGCGAGCUGACAGACAAGGAGACGGUGGGACGACUGGAAUACACACUGGAAAAUCAGCAGCAGGAUCAAUUCGAAAUAUUGCUCUACAAAAAGAACAAUGUACAAUGUGGCUGCGCCCUAUCGCAGUUUGGCAAGGCACAAACCCAAGAAACGCCGCUAUGGCUGCUGCUUCAGGUGGCGCCCAUUCGCAACGAAAGGGAUUUGGUUGUGUUAUUUUUGUUGACGUUUCGGGAUAUAACGGCCCUAAAGCAGCCCAUCGACAGCGAGGAUACCAAAGGUGUUUUAGGUCUCUCCAAAUUCGCCAAACUGGCCCGAUCCGUAACACGCAGCCGCCAGUUCAGCGCCCAUUUGCCCACGCUCAAGGAUCCAACGAAGCAGUCGAAUCUGGCGCAUAUGAUGUCACUGAGUGCGGAUAUUAUGCCACAGUAUAGACAGGAAGCGCCAAAGACGCCGCCACACAUACUCUUGCAUUAUUGUGCAUUUAAAGCAAUUUGGGACUGGGUUAUAUUGUGUUUAACAUUUUAUACCGCCAUCAUGGUGCCAUACAAUGUAGCGUUUAAAAAUAAAACUUCAGAGGAUGUUUCCCUGCUCGUUGUGGACUCAAUUGUGGAUGUUAUCUUCUUUAUAGAUAUUGUGUUGAACUUUCACACCACUUUUGUGGGCCCCGGCGGUGAGGUGGUCAGUGAUCCGAAGGUUAUACGCAUGAACUAUCUGAAAUCGUGGUUCAUCAUCGAUCUGCUCAGCUGCCUGCCCUACGAUGUCUUCAAUGCAUUCGAUCGCGACGAGGAUGGCAUCGGUUCGCUGUUCAGCGCCCUGAAAGUAGUGCGUCUGCUGCGCCUGGGCCGAGUGGUGCGCAAACUGGAUCGCUAUCUGGAGUAUGGUGCGGCCAUGUUGAUACUCCUGCUCUGUUUCUAUAUGCUGGUUGCACACUGGCUCGCCUGCAUCUGGUAUUCGAUUGGGCGCAGCGAUGCGGAUAAUGGGAUCCAAUAUAGCUGGCUGUGGAAGCUGGCAAAUGUGACACAGUCACCAUAUUCAUACAUAUGGAGUAAUGAUACGGGCCCCGAGCUCGUCAACGGUCCCUCCAGGAAGAGCAUGUAUGUGACGGCCCUCUACUUUACAAUGACUUGCAUGACUUCGGUGGGCUUCGGCAAUGUCGCAGCGGAGACAGACAACGAGAAGGUGUUCACCAUCUGCAUGAUGAUCAUUGCAGCUCUGCUGUACGGGACGAUCUUCGGUCAUGUGACGACCAUCAUACAACAAAUGACAUCGGCCACCGCCAAGUACCACGACAUGCUCAACAAUGUGCGAGAGUUCAUGAAGCUGCACGAGGUGCCCAAGGCGCUAAGUGAGCGCGUUAUGGACUAUGUCGUCUCCACAUGGGCCAUGACCAAGGGUCUCGAUACCGAGAAGGUACUAAACUAUUGUCCGAAAGAUAUGAAGGCUGACAUAUGUGUUCAUCUAAAUCGCAAAGUAUUUAACGAGCAUCCAGCAUUUCGUCUGGCCUCGGAUGGUUGUCUGCGCGCCUUAGCGAUGCACUUCAUGAUGUCCCACUCGGCGCCGGGGGACCUGCUCUAUCAUACUGGCGAGAGUAUCGAUAGUUUGUGCUUCAUUGUGACAGGUAGUCUGGAGGUCAUACAGGAUGACGAGGUUGUGGCAAUAUUGGGCAAAGGCGACGUCUUCGGCGAUCAAUUCUGGAAGGACUCGGCCGUUGGCCAGAGUGCCGCCAAUGUGCGUGCGCUGACCUAUUGUGAUUUGCAUGCCAUCAAACGUGAUAAAUUGCUCGAAGUCCUCGAUUUCUAUUCGGCAUUUGCGAAUAGCUUUGCACGCAAUCUGGUGCUCACCUACAAUCUCAGACAUCGACUGAUUUUUCGCAAGGUGGCCGAUGUGAAGCGCGAAAAAGAAUUGGCCGAACGGCGUAAGAACGAGCCACAAUUGCCCCAGAAUCAGGAUCAUCUCGUUCGCAAGAUCUUCUCCAAAUUCAGGCGGACGCCCCAAGUGCAGGCCGGCAGCAAGGAGCUGGUCGGCUCCGGUCAAAGUGAUGUCGAGAAAGGGGAUGGCGAGGUCGAGCGCACCAAGCUACCCGCUAAACUAACAUUAACCGAGGACUCACGCAUUUUAACAACCGCCGCCGUACCUUCACCAUCGCCAUCACCCUCGCCCUCAUCGGGUCCACCAUCUGCACGUAGUACCCGUGCUAGCAAAUGGGGACGCCUUCUGGGCAGUUCAAGUGUCGAUUCAGCUAGCGAUACUAGCGCCAAGGUAGCCGUCUCGAGAAGUUUGAGCGCCCGCGAAAGUCUGCGUGAGAGCACUGCCCAAGCGAGGCAGAGUAGUACUUCGAGUAGCAAUGGUGGACAAGGCAAUAAAGUAUUCCCCAAAGCGCCCAAGCUACAAGCUAGCCAGGCAACACUCGCCCGCCAGGACACCAUCGAUGAGGGCGGCGAGGUUGACUCCUCGCCACCUAGUCGGGACAGUCGGGUGGUCAUCGAUGGCGCUGCUGCCACUUCAACAACAACAACAACAACAGCGCCGACUUCAACUAUAGCCUCAGGUGCUAUUACAGCUGGAGGAGGAGGAGCAGGAGGCGGAGGAUUAGCAACAGUAGCAGCAGCAUCAGCUGGAGGAGGAGCAGGUACUGUAGCUGCAACUGUUGGUGGCGCCGCCACUGCAGGUAGUGGCGUCAAGGAUCGCAAUCUGGCGAUGGAGCGCGAACGUCAAAUAGAGAUGGCCAGUUCGCGGGCAACCACAUCGGAUACGUACGAUACGGGACUGAGGGAGACGCCGCCCACGCUGGCACAGCGCGAUCUCAUUGCCACCGUGCUGGACAUGAAGGUGGAUGUGCGGCUCGAGCUGCAGCGCAUGCAGCAGCGCAUUGGACGCAUCGAGGAUCUGCUCGGUGAGCUGUGCAAGCGUCUGGCACCAGCGACACUGGAUAGCAGUGGCCAGACAACGCCUGGCGACGAGAUCUGUGCGGGUUGCGGCGCGGGCGGCGGCGGCAUCGUUAUCGUUACGCCGACAACAGCUACAGCAUCAGCGGGCUUGGCAAUGGGAACGGCCACAACGCCAGUGGACACUGUGAUAACCAUCUCAUCGCCGACAGCCGACAGUGGCACAUCAGCAGCAGCAGCAGCAGCAGCAACAACAACAGCAAUUGCAACAGGAUCAGCGAACGCUGGCGCUGGCAGCGGUCUACUAAAUCCAUGCGUCCAAGUCGUGUCGAGCGCGGGAGGCAACGGCCUGGGGCCGCUGAUGCUCAAAAAGCGACGCUCGAAGAGCAGGAAAGCACCGGCGCCUCCUAAGCAGGCAACUGUGACUGGAUCUGGUAUGACAAGCGUGACAGCGUCAGCGAGUCCAGCAACAGCUGCCGCUGCGGCUGAGCUGCUACAUCUCCGUUUGCUCGAGGAGGACUUCAGCGCCGCACAGUUAAGCGGCAGUGUGGCCGGCACGCCAACAACAGCAGCAGCAACAGCAGCAGCAGCAGCUGUAGCAACAACGGCGAGCACAACGCCGCCAACGACGCCGACAACAGCAGCAGGAGCAAGUGGAGCAGCACCAGCAUCUGCAGCAGCAACAACAACAGCAACAAGCGCAACAACAACGCCAACGGGCAGCGGGCGAAGCGUAAGAAGAGAGUUCCUCUAGCCCAAGAUAAUGGUGCGCCAUCAGUCGGCGGAUAGCAGCAGCUUCGAGCAAUAAUAAUAACAAUACUCGGCCAGACUGAGCCGCGUCAAGGCUGAGCGUCAAGGCCAAGGCCAUUCUGAGUAACGACUACACAUACACGCUUAGCUAGUCUAUCUACAGAUAUAUAUAUAUAAGUACUUAUAUAUAUGCGUAUAUAUGUAUGUAUGUAUGUGUAUACACUGUACAUGCAAUUGUAACUAAUUUAAGCUAUACAUACGCUCUCUCCCUCCCUCUCUCUCUGUCUUUCUCUAUAUAUGUAUAUAUAUAUAUAUAUAUAUAUAUACGCUAUUUACAAAACUACACGCUACCUUGACUCUAUCUCGCUUUCUUCGUCUUGUCCAUACAAACAGCCUCUCUCUCUCUCUCUCUCUCUCUCUCUUUCUCUUUCUCUCCUUAUAUAUAUCUCGUUCUUUUUAUAACGAUAACCAUUGAAGCUACCCUCUCUAUCUCUUUCUCUCUCUCUCUCUGUCUCUGUCUCUGUCUCUACCAUCAACUCUGUGUGUCCCUGUUUACCGGGCAACAUUUGCCAACGGUACAAAGUUUCAAGCACUCAAUGUAUUUUGUAGAAAAGGAGCCCAUUCGCGGAAGGCUCGGAUAUGAUUAUGAUUAAGGCAUACAACAUACUGCUUACGAAUUUGCUAUUUAAUGCAAUUAUUUACCUUUAUAUACGAACAAUAUUAUACAUAGAUCAACUGAGACAAACUAACUAGAUAUUUCUAUACACACACACACACACGCAUACAUAUGUAAAUGAAGAUUUUUGUGAUAAAACACUAAGGAGGCAGGAGCAGAAACCAAAGCAGUUAAAGCCAGUGAAUUUUACAUACUCCUACUCUAGUAGUAGAAAAAUAAGACAGGAGAAAAAGAGAUGAGCCGAAAAGUCAGCUCCAUUUAGAGCCGAUCCCAGCUGAAUCUUUUUUUUAUAGUGUGCAUACCAAAGUUAAUAAAAAACUACUACAUUUUCAAUUCCAUUUCAAAAUCCAUGCCACAGAAAUAAUCGAAUAGUCUACCUGAAGUAAAAUCGAGUGAAGCAGAUUAUUUGUAGAAUACUUUUAGGAGCAUCAUAUUUAAAAAAGUACAGCGUUCAUGGGAUUCUUUAUUUGUAUGAAUUGUUUUCACAAUGUAUUCGAUAUAGUUUCCAAAAAAUUGAAUUCUUAAUAAUUCUUGGGCUACAUUUUAAAUUUAAAAUCAAUCGAUUAGCUUGUUUUUUAGGCUGACAAUGCACUGAUAUGGUAAUGAGAGUUGCGAAGCCUGUACUUGAGCGAUCUAGUUAUAAAUUCGAUGAUUACUCAUCGGCAGGAGGUUUUCUUUUCUAUUCACAUAGUCCCAUGGAGCCAUAGGAAGUAGUGUUCGAUGCUUGGGCUUAGUUAGUUGGUUAGUUCGGUGCCCACGUCGCUUGGUGCAUAUACAUACAUAUAUAUGUAUAGUCAUAAAACCCGUCCUGUCCUAACAUAUACUGCUUGAGCACUAGCUAUACUUUAAGUAGACAGCAGCAGCAAACUAAACAAACUACAAACAUAUACGAAGAUCCCAGCCACAAUAGCAAAAUACGAGACAAAGACACCAAAAUGAUGCCGCAAAACAAAACGACAAUCGACAUACCUUAAAAAACAAAAAAAAAAACAAAAAAUACAACAGAGAAAAAAUUUAUUUAACAGCAAUUAUGUAUAACGAGAUACAAUUGUAUAUAUAUACAAAGUACUUGUGUAUG